AUGUCCAUCGUUCGCGAAGACGGCCGGUUUUACUGCAAGUCCUGCAACCGUUUCUUUGCCGACUGGGAGGCCAUUUUCAAGCACAAGGAGUACAUGCGCCGCACAGGUGCUGAAAAUCACAUCCACUGCAAAUUUUGUGGGCUGGAUUUCGAGACUCAAGCCGCAGAAAACUCCCACGUUCUCAAAGAUCAUCCCCAACAGCAAAAGCUCGACUGUCCUGGAUGUGGCCAAGGGCCAUUUCCCCGCCUGGCAAGUCUCAUAUCACACAUUGAGAGGGGUGAAUGUAUUCGUAUUGACGAGACGGUGCUGGACGAAAUGCGAGAGAAGAAGCUAGAAUUUGCGAGGCGGCUCGAGGUACUUACCAAGGAGGCUGUGAAGAACAACUACACCAGCUUCGUAUCCCCCAAGCAGAGUGCGAGCCCGAGACAUAUUUGGCGAGAUGCACAAGAUCCCGGAUUUAACCUUACAGAAGUCGAAUUCCCUGGGCUUUCGAACAAAGCUGGGCCUACCACUCCGAGGAGCACCGUAGACGGAGACCAUCAGAACGAAGCAAAGACGGCUUGGAAGGGGAAGAAAACUUUGUUCCCGGGUGCCACUCCUGCGAAGACUCUCACGGAGUCUCAGCUCAACACUGUUGCGACACCAGGCCCUCGGAUGGCGUUUGAGUCUAUGGAUCCUGAUGACCCAGAUAAUCCGGCUUUCAAUGCAGCGCGAUACUACUCCGAUGUCAUUGAGCAAUAUGUCUGUCCCAAGGUUCGAUGCGGGUGA